AACAGGCUGAGCUUCACAGAAAUGGUGCAUACGCAGAUGCUCAGUUAAGUGAUGUGUGAUUUUGUCAGUAUAACUGUGCACGACAAUUUCUGACUUAAUCCCUCCUCAGUGCACGAGAUACCGUUGUUCUCCACAACUGAUAAAGAACACACCGCCAGGUUAAUUGGUUUAUGCCACAGAGUUCAUUUCCAAGGAUUAAAAGCUAGCCUCCAGGCUCUCGCUUGCAGGACAGGCGGUUGCAUGUAAUCGUGCAAAACGCUAGAAAGUUCAUUUUGUAGUUUCGCACUUAGCUUUCUUUUGAAUCAUCUCGCGUUCUACGGGCUUGUCAGUCUUGUAAACAUUACUGCGCCUCUUAAUGACCGCGAACUCUACGCAAUCAACAGUUUUGUGUUUCGAUGCUCUCAAUCGUCUUAUUAGGCUCGAUUUUCCAGCCGGUUUGUGAUCGCGCAAAACGGCUGGAAAUUGAGCUUAUCGCCUUGGAGGACCUCUCACUAACAGGAGUUUACUUACAACGGGUUCAAAAAGACAUGGGGUUGGUUAAUUGUUAUUUUUUGUUUGGUUGUUGUUUCCAAGGAUCUUUGGUUGUCGUCGUGAUUGUGACUGACGGCAGCGACAAAGGCAAUUGCUACUUUAGAAUUUGCGUGUCAGUGAAAGCCGCAUUAAGACACACUGAUUUGUCACGUAUCGAGGGCCACGUGCUUCAGAUAUAAUAAAGAAACUAGAGGCUCUGGGGACGAAUAUGACGACGUGUAUCACGUGUUCGGAGACCCAGAACCAGACACUACGUAGCUAUUACUGGAGGAAAGGAAAGCACGCUGAUUUUUAGAUAUCUUAACAAGUUAAAUGCAAAUUUAAUUCGCUCUCUCGUGGCCUCAAAGUUAUUGACAGGUUUUGUGACGUGGGCAAAAACUUACAAAGUGAAGGCAAAAUUCAAUGUUCAUGGCGUUGGAUGAAGUUUUUAAACAAGAGGAUUCGCUGCGUUUUGCAGAUGAGUCUCACAACACUUACAUACUAAAAAGAAUCUCACGAAUGCGAGAGCAUUCUGUUUUAACAGACAUAGUCCUUGUUGUGGAGGGCAAAGAGUUUCCUGCUCAUCGAAAUAUGCUCGCCGCCAACUCAGAUUAUUUCAUGGCUAUGUUCAGUGGGCAUAUGGCGACUACGAGUGAUAAAGUUGCGGUCAAAGAAAUUACUGCCACUGGAAUGGAGAUUCUACUUGAUUUCAUCUACAAGGGCGAAAUACUGAUAACUGAAGAGAACGUGGAGGAUGUCUUCUGUGGCUCUUGUCUGCUCUUGCUUGAAUCUGUUACCCAAGCUUGCUGCAGGUUCAUUCAAGAACGACUGACCUUGACGAAUUGCUGGGGAAUACGAGCUCUCUCGGAUAAAUUCAAUUGUAAGGAUCUACUGCAUCGGGUAAACACUUUCAUCGAAGAAAAUUUUAUGGAAGCUGCGAAAUCUGAAGAGUUUUUGCUGUUGCCUCAUUCGGAUCUGGGAGAGCUCUUGAUGAAUGACGAGAUCGUCAUUACGAGAGAAGAAGAUCUCUACGAACUAUUACUAAAAUGGGUCGAGCACAAUCGCCUAGAACGGGUCAAGCAUUUUUCAUCAUUGCUUGAAAAAAUACGCCUUCCUCAAAUCAAUCCUGAAUACUUUGAAGAAAUUAUCGCAACUGAUGAAUUGAUAACUGAAAACCCAGAAGUUCAUGAUGUUGUUUCAAAGGCAAGACAGCAGAUCUACUCUCUAAUGGAGUUAGAAGGCUUAAUGACAGAGACGGAAUCUUCAAAAUGGCAAGUCCCUAGAAGAUGUCUCCGAACUGUCAGUGUUCUCUUGACAGUUGCAGGACCAGUGUGUUCAAUUUAUGAUGCUGAAACAGAGGCAUGGCACAGCAUCUCACGCCUGAGCACUCGCCACUGUCCAGGCAUAGAGUUCAUGGGCAAAUACGUCUAUGUGGUUGGUGGAAGUAAAGAGUGGAAAAGAAUGAACACAUGUGAACGCUAUGAUCCAGACUUUAAUCAGUGGAAUGUUGUGGCACCAAUGAAUGUGCCUCGCAGUAACAUUGGUUUGGUGGCCCUAAAUGGAUUACUGUUUGCUGUUGGGGGUUAUGACGGGAGGUCACCCAUUGGAACCGUGGAAUGCUAUGAUCCAACAAAGAAUGAGUGGAAGUUCGUGGCACCAAUGAACAGCCAACGUGAUGGUGCAUGUGUCGUGACAGAAGGUCGCUAUAUCUACGUGAUCAGUGGGUAUGAUGGACACAAUUACUUGAGCUCUGUGGAAAUGUAUGAUCCAAGUACUGAUGAGUGGGCCAUAGGGGCUGUAGCUCCAAUCAUUGAGCGACGUGAAGAUGCUAUGGCUGCUGUUGUCGACAACAAGAUUUAUGUCAUAGGGGGCUAUCAUGGCAACACAUUCAUGCCCACAUGCGAGGCACUGGAUCUUGACAGCAAUGAAUGGGAUUUUAUGGCAUCAUUAAGUUCUCCUCGUUAUCAGGCUGGGGUUGCUGUUUUGAACCGGAAGAUCUAUGUAUGUGGUGGUUGGAGUGGAAAUGGACUUGCAACUAGUUCCGUGGAAUGUUAUGACGUGGCAACAAACACCUGGUCACUGGUGAUGCCUCUUCCCACGCCUGCUGCAGCUAGAACAGCUUUCUGUAACUUUCCACGUAAAAUGAUGGAAAAGUUGCUGCGUAAAAUCUCUAGUACUAAUGAGAAUUUAGUACCUGUGCCAGCAAAAGAUUUGUGACUUUAGGAGUUGAAGUUGUAACCCUUCUCGUACCUGUCAGUGUGUAAUUCAGUGUCAAAAUUCUAAGAAAUGUAACAAACACAUAUUUAAUGUAAUCCUUUGAAUGUGCCUGGCUUCAGUGGGGUCUGGUACAAAGCACAGCCCAGGUGUUCUACAAGAGGCAUUCUUGACUGUGUAUAUGAGUGUUUUAUAUUUAUACUAACAGUACGUUGUGUUGACAGUUCUGGAUGUGUGAUGAUGCAUGGUUUAAGUCUAGAGGUAUUAGGUUAUAAGGAGUGGUGUGUCUGUGCAUAUUUAUAGGUACAAUUAAUACUCAAAAUCGUGACAGAUUAAAGUACCGUGAUGAUUCAAUUUAGCACCCUUCCAAUAAGUACCCUCUUAGUGAUAAAUGCUCCUCUUUGAAUGCCCCCUUCAAACAAGCACCCCCAUACUGUAAGGGACCUUCAAGAUAUUGAGCUAGUGUGCAGCAAAUGAUAUUAUAACUAUGAGAGCCCAAGUUGUUACAGUUUUUGAGUUAAAAUAUUUAUAUGAAAUAAGUGCAUGUCCCCAAUAAAUACCAGUUACUAUUACUAAUCAGUAAUGAUAAUGAUAAUGAUAUAUGGUAAAUAGUAAAUAAUAAUAAUG